AUGGAUAAAUCACAAAGUUCAGUGUACGCGAUGACUCUCCCACAAAGAACAAUGCAUUCGGAUGUACAUACAUAUUUCUGCAUUCCAACGAUUGCUCAUGUGAAUGACGAUACCGCGUCGCUAGGCUCGUGCGCGAUGACGGAAAGUGACGUGACUCCAGAAGUGACACCAAACACGCCAGUCAGUCCAGCGUCAAACUCGAACGCGCAACAUUUCACGUUCACAGACAUUGCCAAACUAACAGGUGAACAAUCAAAUAUCAAAGUGACAUCAUUGGAAAAACAUAAUAAAAGCCGCAUUUUUCCAAAUCGAAGGAGACGCCAUGAAGCUCCGACGAAAGACGUAAUGCGAAAAAGAAGAGUUGCUGCGAACGAGCGCGAACGACGGAGGAUGGAGAGUUUGAACGUCGCUUUUGAUAAACUGAGAGAUGUGGUUCCUUCGUAUAAUGAUGACACAAAACUGUCAAAAUAUGAGACUCUUCAAAUGGCUCAAUCGUAUAUUGCUGCGUUAAAAGAUCUUUUGUGA